ACACUUUAUAGUUUUCAGUAGAAGUGGAUUUACGUAUUUAUAAUAUUUUAAAAAAUAAAGAACAAAAAUUAGAAAGCUCAAAGCUGAGGCCUGAGAGCCUGAGACUGAUGUCCAAUCACUGAAAAGUGACAAGGACAAGAACCCAUUAUGGUCGGGUUUUGUUCAAUUCUUUAGAUCUCUGAAACGAUCACUGUUCAAACUCAAAACGCGAACACCUCUGUAUAAAACCCAAAUCCUCGCCUUUCACUUCUCAGAAGAUUUACAAAAGAUUUUUUUUUUUCAUGGAGGAAGGCCAAGAAAAGGAUGUUUCUGUUUCUACGGAUAAUUUGGAAGAGUCUACAGUGACCUCUAGUAAAAAGGUGGCUAGUGAAAUUGAAACUCCGGUUGAGUCUAUAGUGUCUGAGGUUUGGGGUUCGGUUGAGAGUUGUACUGGUGAUGGUGGUUCUGGUGGUGAAGAGGAUAUAGUGAUGGAGGUUGGAGGUGUUUGUGGUAAUGAUGGUAGUUUAAAGGCCAAGAGUGAGGCGAAUUUAAACUGUGAAGAGAUUUGUGGUCUUGGCAGGUUUUGUGAAGCAAGUGUAGAGAGACAUUUGGCAAGUUCAGGUGGUGGGGAUGAUGUAGCUAGUGAUUUAGGUACAAAGGGAAUUGGGGUUUCUGUUGGUGAAGCAUCAUCAAAUGAUAGAUUGGAGAUGGAGGUCGAAGGGCCUGUUGCGGAGCAGAGUGUGGAGAAAAAUAAGAAGAUGGUUGGAGGUGAGGAUGACUGUGAUGUAGCUGAUGAAAUACCUUUGAGGAAGGUUGAAGCUGUGAAUGAUGAAGUUCAGAAUGUGGAAAUUGGAACUGGGCUUGAAGAGUCAAAGGCAACUAUGAAUUCAACGGGUGGAAAAACCCAAGUUGCUCACAUGGAAGAAACAGUGGGGGGUGCUGGGAAAGAAGAUCUGGAGAGAGGACUUCUUGGAGAUAAUGUUGAGAGAGGUACUGGAAUGGUUGGUAGUGUGGGUAGUGAAGCACAGGGCAAAGGAGCUGAAAAUGGGGUUGAAUCUUCUACAGUUUUGUCUGGUACUUUGGAAAGAGAAGCACAAGUCGUGGAGGAAAUUGCUAUGGAGAAGAAAAAUUCUUUAGAAAAAGAACUGCAUAAGAAUGCUAAGCAAGGUAGUGAAUUGAAUAGUGCUGGAGAUGAUGCAGAUCAAGUUGUGGAGACACAGAAGUUGGGGGGUUUGGAUGAUGAAAUAUGGAAUCCUGGUAUUGAAACCAUAGAUGCAGGUUGCCUUGCAAUUGGGGAAGAGUCAAGUGCACCACCUCAGGUUGUUGAGGAGGAUGUAUCGAUGGUUAGUGAAGAGGUUUUGGAUUCCAAAAAAGAUACCCCUAGUAACCUGGCUGUAGAGGGGAUUUCUUCUAGUUCAGGAGAAAAGAAAAUUCCUCUAGCUGAGAUAGAUGAUGAAGGAACUGAAAAAGAUGCUAUUAUCAAUGCUAUCCCUAAUUCCUUGGAUGAACAAAUUCCAGUUGUUCUUGUGGGGGAAGUUUCAUCAGAUCAAGGGGGAUAUAUGUGUACCACCAUAGAAGGUAUGGAUACUGAUACUUUUGAUGAAAAUUUAAGUUUUUCACUGGAAGAAUUGCAGGGACAUGUGGAGACAGCCAAUGGAAGCACUGAAAAACAGUGCAAUGUCUGUGCUGAUUCAACAUCCUCCUUUCAGCCAACCCAGGUGGUUGUAGGGGAAGAUGUGGCAAUGGCCGAAAAGGUGCAUCCAGAUUUUGAGGAACCCCAACAGUUGAAGCUGGAAGAGAAUUUGUGUCAGGGAACUGCUCUUGUUGGUUCAAAUGUAGAACAAGUGAAUGAAAUUGAAAAAGAAGUUAGUAAUGCUAAAUUGGAUGGGUUGUUAUCUUCCUCUGUAAGUGUUCAGAACAAUAGGGAUGAGACACUAUGUAUGGGCACUGAAUUAGAUACCCAAGACUCUGGCGGAGAUAACAAAAUUUCGCCCAUGGACAAUAAGGAGGUUUUAAAUGAUGCCAAACCAGAUAUCUCAGAUGAAAGGAAAGAGAUAUUAAGUCAAAAACAUCUGACAAAGGUUCUGAUGGAUGGUGAUAGCUCUGAAAAUCACAGAAACGCAUGUUCGGAUUCGAUAUCUACCCUACAAGCAGCUCUUGAGGCUGUCAGUGGUGAGAGUAUGACUGUGGAUGAUGUUCCAAAAUACGUGAAUGUAGAAGUUCUUCAUCCAUGCUCUUCUGAGUUUGAUGUUACUCUAUCCUGCUCAGGAAAUGAACAGAGCUUUAAUGCUGAGGUAGUUUGUGCAAGUACAGAAAUGUGUAACCAAGUCAUGAAUGGUGGUGAAAUUGUUCUGAAGUACAGUAAACAACUUCUGGAUUCCAAUGUUGGAGGUCUGGAGCCGGCUUAUCUUUAUGAAGUUGAUUUAACUGUAGGGCAAGAGAUGCAAGUUGAAGAACAAGUUAUUGAUGCUGAACAGGUUGAUUUGCAUGAACCAGAGGAAAUGGAAGUUGAAGAACCAGAUAGUGAACACGGUCAUACGCAUGGAGCAGAGGAGAAAUUUAUUAAAUGGACAACUGUGAAGGCAGGGAACUUAGUCAAAUCCCAUCAAGCUAGUUAUCAGUUGUCGCUGGAGGAUAAAGGAGAGUUUGAUGUGUUUGAUUUGGUCUGGGGUAAAGUGAGGAGCCAUCCAUGGUGGCCUGGACAGAUUUUUGAUCCUUCUGAUGCAUCUGAGAAGGCGAUGAAGUAUCAUAAGAAGGACUGUUUUCUGGUUGCAUAUUUUGGGGAUCGAACAUUCGCGUGGGUUGAUGCAUCCCAGCUAAAGCCCUUCUAUUCACAUUUCUCCCAGGUAGAGAAGCAGAGCAAUGCAGAAGUAUUUCAGAAUGCUGUCAGUUGUGCUCUAGAAGAAGUGUCUAGACGCGUGGAGUUGGAGCUAGCUUGCUCUUGCAUACCAAAGGAUGCUUAUGAUGAAAUCAGGUUCCAAAUUGUUGAGAAUACCGGAAUCCGACAAGAGUCGAGUAUGAGAGAUGGAGUGGAUGAAUUUGCGAGUGUUCAAUCUUUUCAACCAGAUAAAUUAGUUGAGUACAUGAGAGCAUUAGCACAGUCUCCAGUUUCUGGGGCUGACCGACUAGAGCUUGUUGUAGCUAAGGCUCAAUUGUUGUCCUUCUAUCGUUUAAAGGGAUAUUAUCGGCUACCUGAAUUCCAAUUUUGUGGAGGGUUGGUGGAAAAUAGUGUGGAUGCUUUUGACUUUGAUGACAAGAUGCAUGCAACUCCUUUUAGUAAGGAUGAUGAGCAUGUUCACUCUGCCCAGGAGAUUCCUGGAACUCAAAGAAGCUCAUAUCAUAAACGUAAACACAAUUUGAAGAAUAGCAUGUACCCUAGAAAGGAGAGAAGCUUGUCUGAGUUGAUGAGUGGUUCAUUGGAUUCUCUAGAUGAUGAUGAAUUUGGUACCAGCAGGUUGGUUUCACCAUCGUCUGGAAAGAGGCGGAAGGUGGUUGAUUCUACUGGCGAUGACUCACUACAAGAUGUGAGGAAAACUAUUUCUCUUGCAAAAGUAUCUGCCACGACAUCUCAAAUGCCUAAACCAUCCUUUAAAAUUGGUGAAUGCAUACGUAGAGUUGCCAGCCAAAUGGCUGGGUCUCCAUCUAUCCUGAAGAGUAAUAGUGAGAGGUUGCAGAAAUUUGAUGGAGAUGGAGCUGAUAUUUCAUUUGAGAAUUUUGAGGAUUUAGAAGGAAAGAAGAUGAUUCUUCCUGCAGAUUAUACGUCACUAGAUGAUUUACUAUCUCAACUUCAUUUAACAGCACGAGAUCCCAUGAAAGGAUACAGUUUUUUGAACACUAUUAUUUGUUUCUUCUCGGAUUUCAGAAAUACAAUAAUAUUUAGCCGGCCUGUGGAUAAAGCAGGUGGAAAAAGGAAAAGAUCUUCUCAUUCAAUUUUUGGGUCUCCAGAAACUUUUGAAUUUGAAGAUAUGAGUGACACUUAUUGGACAGACAGGGUAAUUCAAAAUGGCUCUGAAGAGCAACCAUCAGGUAGGAAUGGUGGAGGGUAUAAAAUUGUUCCUGUUGAACUGGAGAAACCUGCUCAAAAGAGUCGUAGAUCAUAUUCCAGGAAGCAAUAUGCUGAUGGCAAUCAGGAUCUUGCCCCUCCAAAACCGCCUGGCUAUGUUGACGAGAAUUCACCUGCAGAACUUAUACUGAACUUCCCUGAGGUAAAUUGCAUUCCUUCAGAGACAAACCUGAAUAAGAUAUUUAGGCGCUUUGGACCAUUGAAGGAAUCUGAAACAGAAAUUGAUGAGGAAACUAACCGUGCUAGAGUGGUUUUUAAGAAAUGUUCUGAUGCAGAAGUUGCUUCCAGCAGUGCUGCAAAGUUUAAUAUCUUUGGAUCAAUGGCUGUAAAUUAUCAGAUCAGCUAUAUUAUAUCCCUACCAUUUAAAACUUCACCCAUUGCCACAACCUUAGGCGAGGGAUAUGCAACUUGAUGUCCACACCUGCAAGUUGAGUUUUGAUGUGAACUUAAGGAAAGAGCCGAGACUAAAGGAUAUAGGCUGAUACAGUUCCGAAGAUAACAAUGCUAUGGCAUAUGCUGAUUAAACUGGCUGCUUUAGAAGGUAACCGGACUCUUAGUUCAUCUAGUUAUCCAAUAUUUCUUCGGUUGCAAUAUGUCUUUUCAGAUUCCUGAUGUUAUGUGGUUAAAAUUCAGUUAGUGUAAUAUAUUAACUAUGCUGUUCUUGAGGAUUAAAGAUUCCAUUGACAAAUCGUGCUGCAUAUCUAUGGUUAUCUGCUGGUGUCUUUUGCUUUGUAUGAGAUGGUUGCUAGUCACUGUCAAAAACUGGGUGAAGGGCCUAGGCUUUUGCUGUCUGCUUGAGUUAUGCCAGGCAUUGGAAACCUGAAGCCAACUGGGAAGACUUUAUGGAACCCUGUUCUCAUUUAAUAUUCAACACAGGAAAUUCAUCCCCUUAAAUUUCUAUUAUGAUUUUGUAUUCAUUCUA